AUGGGGCCUCAAAUGGCCUCUAUUAGUCUCACUAUUGCUUUGACAAUAGUUUCUCUUUCCUUGCCAUCCCAAGCAAAUAACUACAUCUAUUCAUCUCCACCACCACCACCUAAACCUUACUACUACAACUCUCCACCACCACCGGUGAACUCACCUCCUCCACCUUACCAUUAUAGUUCACCACCACCACCACCAAAGAAGCCAUAUAAAUACUCUUCUCCACCACCUCCAGUGCACUCACCUCCUCCACCUUAUCAUUAUAGUUCACCACCACCACCACCAAAGAAGUCAUAUAAAUAUUCUUCUCCUCCACCACCAGUUUACAAAUAUAAAUCACCGCCUCCGCCUCCAUAUAAGUAUUCUUCCCCUCCCCCACCAUCGUAUAAGUACUCAUCACCACCACCUCCAGUUUACAAAUAUAAAUCUCCACCUCCACCGGUGUAUAAGUAUAAGUCUCCUCCUCCACCAGUUUACAAGUAUAAGUCACCACCUCCACCAGUCUACAAAUAUAAAUCACCCCCACCACCAGUUUACAAAUACAAUUCUCCUCCUCCACCCUUGUAUAAGUAUAAGUCACCGCCACCACCUGCUAAAAAGCCAUACAAGUACUCGUCUCCACCACCACCAGUUUAUAAGUACAAUUCACCUCCUCCGCCAGUGUACAAGUAUCAAUCUCCUCCACCACCAGUUUACAAGUACAAUUCACCUCCUCCACCAGUGUAUAAGUAUAAAUCUCCUCCACCGCCGGUUUACAAGUACAAUUCACCUCCUCCACCAGUGUACAAGUAUAAAUCUCCUCCACCACCAGUUUACAAGUACAAUUCACCUCCUCCACCAGUGUAUAAGUAUAAAUCUCCCCCACCACCGGUUUACAAGUACAAUUCACCUCCUCCACCAGUGUACAAGUAUAAAUCUCCUCCACCACCAGUUUACAAAUACAAUUCACCUCCUCCGCCAGUGUACAAGUAUAAAUCUCCUCCACCACCAGUGUACAAAUAUAAUUCACCUCCUCCGCCAGUGUACAAGUAUCAAUCUCCUCCACCACCAGUUUAUAAAUACAAAUCUCCUCCUCCACCGGUGUACAUUUACAAGUCACCACCACCUCCGGCCAAAAAACCAUACAAGUACUCAUCUCCUCCACCGCCUGUUUACAAGUAUAAUUCACCUCCACCACCUGUGUACAAGUAUCAAUCUCCUCCACCUCCAAUUUACAAGUAUAAGUCACCUCCUCCACCUGUGUAUAAAUACAAGUCGCCACCUCCUCCAGCUAAAAAGUCAUACAAAUAUGCAUCUCCACCACCACCAGUUUACAAGUAUAAUUCACCUCCUCCACCAGUGUACAAGUAUCAAUCUCCUCCACCACCAGUUUACAAGUAUAAGUCACCUCCUCCACAUGUGUACAAAUACAAAUCACCACCACCUCCAGCUAAAAAGCCAUACAAAUAUGCAUCUCCACCACCUCCAGUUUACAAGUAUAAUUCACCUCCUCCACCAGUAUACAAGUAUAAGUCACCCCCUCCACCUGUGUACAAAUACCACUCACCACCCCCUCCGAUUAAAAAACAAUACAAGUACUCAUCUCCACCACCACCAGUUUACAAAUACAAAUCUCCUCCUCCACCAGUGUACAAGUACAAGUCACCACCACCUCCGCCUAAAAAGCCAUACAAGUACGCAUCUCCACCACCUCCAGUUUACAAAUACAAUUCACCUCCUCCACCAAUAUACAAGUAUCAAUCUCCUCCACCACCAGUAUACAAGUAUAAAUCACCUCCUCCACCUGUGUACAAAUACAAGUCACCACCACCUCCGAUUAAAAAACCAUACAAGUAUGCAUCUCCACCACCACCAGUUUACAAGUAUAAAUCACCUCCCCCACCUAUUUACAAAUAUAAAUCUCCUCCUCCACCUGUUUACUCACCACCAUUAUCACACUAUAUUUACUCUUCGCCUCCUCCACCGGUUCAUUCACCUCCUCCUCCACACUACAUCUAUGCAUCACCUCCUCCUCCUUAUCACUACUAG